UGGCGCUAUUUUGGGCGAACCGCAGCCUGCCAACAGUUUUUCUGGCACUUCUCUUCCCUCACGAUCGACAAGAACCAGCUUCCGCAACGUCAUGAGCGCUGUGAAGGUCGCCUCCGAAGAGCCCCAGGGCACUAUUACCAUGGAGGUUCCGCAGCACGCGCUGCAAAAGUUCCGCAAUCAGCUCCUCAAGGCCGUGGACAUCCGGAACGUGCGCGGUAUCUCCCAAUUCUUCGGCCUCGGCGAGGAGAAGCCAUUCAAUGUGCCUGGGCGCGACGUGCUGGCUUCGCGGUGCCGUAAGAAUGCGCUGUUCUUCAGCGCCAACUACGCCAUAUCUGCUGCGCUUGUUGGCGUGGUCACCAUUCUGCUGAACCCGUUCUUCCUGUUCGUGCUGAUCUGUCUGGGCGGCUUCUGGCUUUACAUGUCGAGCGCGACGGCGAACGAGUCGCCCGAGAACCCGACGAAAAUUAUGGGACGCACGGUGACUCCCGACCAGAGGAAGCUCGGCAUGCUCGGUGUGAGCGCUGCUGUUAUCGUCGUCUUCGGAGGAUCGAUUCUUUUUACGAUCUGCUCGGCUAGCGGCGCUCUUGCUAUUUCGCACGCUAUCCUUCGCGAUUGCCCUUCUAUCCGUGAAGAAGACGAGCUAGGUUUCUUGUCAAGCGAGGGUGACCAGAUCGCAGACACUGUUUAAUCGUCAUCAGCUAGGAUAACUAUCUAGGCCUGCACAGAUCGGUCUGAAAGAAGCAAGGACGAAGAAUUUCAGAGAGCAUGGAAGAUGAUUGCCUUCGGAAAUAAAAACCAAUCUUGUAAACCUGUCUGUUAUACGUACUUCGGAGUACGAGCAGAGACCGCUGCACUUUGUCUCGUGGAAACCAUUUCAUUGAUCUGUAAAGCAAUGGGUGUGAUGCGGACCGCGGAAGGGAUGCUGGAGAUCGGAGCACGAAACCAGCGGUAGGCGAUAGACUACGGCAACGCACAUGGAAAUUUUAAUUCUGACUCCAGAACGCUUUGAUGGGCGCUCUGAAGCAUGGACCUAAUAGAAAAUUAGAAGUUAAGCAGUGCACGAAGGCAAAUGGUGGAUAUUAACAACGCAAACUUACGCCAAUCGAGUUGUGUCAGGUCGUGG